AUGUCAGUCUUAUGCACACCCCUUCAAAUAAAGUGUUACCAAUGUUUUGUCCAUAUUUUGACAAUCUACCAAUGAAAGAUUGUCUUCAAUGCAACAGUAAAAGCCCGUGUAUAUAGACUUUUAAACAACACCGUAUUAAGAACAGUCUCCAUACCUAAAGAAAUCAUUAGUUUUUCUGUACGUGAGGCCCAACAGAGGUUUUGACUUCAUCAUGUUGAUCUUGUUGGAGUUUGCUGGUCCUCUUUGAGUGUCAGUAUUUCCCCUCAGGGCUCUGUCAGGCUGCAACCUCCCUCUGCACACUCUCUGCCAGAGACUUCAAGCAGCCUUUCACAAGGGCCACUUGUGCACAUGCAGCAGACUUGCCAUAUUUUCUGUUGAUGUCUUCAUAUCAUCCUCACUCCACCGCUCUGAGAUUGAAUUACAGUGCUGGUGUAUCAAAUGCACAGGGCACUCACUGUCUCCCACUGUAAUGAUUAUCACUCUGCCCAGCCGGGUUUUGCAGCAUAAAUCAAAGCUGCAUCACGUUUUCUAAUUUUUAGCUUAAAUAUUCCACCAACAAUUACACCAUUAGGGGUAAACAUCCUCUGUCUCCAGCGCUAAUGCUCUAUCCCAAAUCCAUAUUUCUCAUUGAAGAAGAAAAAAAAAAACAAUUAAAUUACAGGAGCUAAUAAAUAUAGCUAUCAGCAACAGAGCUAACUGUAUAAAAGGGAAACUGAGUCACUCCUACUGUGUCUCUUUCUGUCAUAAGCAUGGACUUGCAGACUGGAAGCAAUUCUUGGCGUUUCAAUUACAGCGGCUCAAUUAAUUGGCCAUACCACGCUAAUUUGCUCAACCUUAUCUCCACAGUCCUUACACAAUGCAAAUAAAUUUGAAAGACUUACACCACUGUCUCCUGCAUUUUUUUUUUCUUCUCUGGUUACUAACACACCAUUGAAAGCACUGCUCUUUUCACUGUAUGCACAGCAGUCUGCCGCUGUCACAACUACGUGAACCAAGCAUACAUGUAAGCAUACUUUGAGCUCACUGGAAGUAGCAAGCCCAAGAUAACCAGAUUCUGGUGUAAUUCUCCCCCCCCCACUUGUUUUGGCUCAAGUCCUGUAUUUCUGAGGAAUUAAUUUGUUUAAACCAGCUUGGCAGGAUGAGAUGGUACUAAUUAGGCAGUGAAUUUGGCAAGAGGAAUUGGGCAUGUGCUCCCACUGAAAGCUGCAAUGUCUUUCGUUCUUGAUGUGCAAAUUUACAGACAACAAGCAGACUUUUUUUCCCUGACAGCAACACUUGGACUUGAAGUUUUUUUGUUUGUUGUUGAUUUCAGUAGUUAUCUGCUGUGGUCAUCAUAUGCUACCUUUUAUGACUCCAUCACCGUUGCCUCUGGAGUGCUGACAUUGAGUAGAAAGGGCUGUUUUUAUGAGAAAGCAUUGAGACGAUAGUUAAGCAAAAGCUAAAAAAGGUCUUGAGGAGAGUAUUGCUUUAAUUUCAAAUAGUCAUUUUACAUCUUCUUCAUAAAAUCAGUUAAAGGUUAUAAAACUACCUCUGCUGAAUGCAGAACCGACUUAUCUCUUCCCCCUCCCCUCUGCAGUAGAGCAGCAUGACGGACACAGUAAUGAGCGGUGGUUCGGGUCGCUGGGUGUCCAACGACCGGCAGAGGAGCAUGCGUCCGAGUGAUAAAGAGCAGGGGAAUUGGACGAUGCAGUCUGGCUCUGGUCCUGGUCCAGACCUAACAGAUGAGGAGAAGGAGAUUAUAAACAAUGUGAUUGCCCGCGCUGAGAAAAUGGAGGCCAUGGAGCAGGAGAGAAUUGGGCGCCUGAUAAACCGCCUGGAUGACAUGAAGAAGACGGUGUGUGGGGACGGUGUUUCUCGCUGCCUGCUGUGUGGGGAGCAGCUGGGCUCGCCUGGGGUCAGCUCCGUCGUGUGUGAGGACUGCAAAAAGAACAUGUGCACAAAAUGUGGCACUCAGUGUGGCAGUCGAACUCGCCCUGUGUGGCUGUGCAAGAUCUGCAGAGAACAGCGAGAGGUAUGGAAGAGGUCCGGUGCCUGGUUCUUCAAAGGCUUUCCAAAGCAGUUCCUGCCGUCGCCCAUGCCGUUGUCUAAACCGAAGGAGACAGCUCCUCAUGAGGCAGCAGAACCUCAGAAGCCGAGGGAGGCAGCAGCUCAACCAAAACCACCAGGUUCCCAUCAGAGUCAGACUUCAGCCUCUGAGGAGCAAGUUUCAGGUGCGCAGAUGCAGGCCCGUGCUGGUUACCCACCUGUGGCCCCCAAACCAGCUAUGCGUAUGGGUGCAGGAGGAGUUGGUCCUGAAGAGGCGGGUCAGGGAAGUCCGGUAGUGAUGAAGAAGAUGGUUCCGGUGCACAGCUCCAGGGCACAACCUGCUGCUUCAGCCGCAAUGUCCCAACAGGGUCCUGUGGCAGGAGAUGUGGGUGCUUACGCCUCAGAGCAGAGAGCACCUCCUGCUGUAAGAGAGGACAGGAGGCAGCCGGCUACCUACAGUGCGCCCCCUCCACGACAGCAACCUCCCCCGGCUGAUGAUGAGGAGGAGGCCAACGACUACGACUCUGACGAAGCCACAACUCUGGGCUCUCUUGAGUUUGGCCUUUUCUACGAUCAGGAAAGCAACAGCCUCCAAUGUAGCAUCCUCAAAGCAAAGGGCCUGAAGCCCAUGGACUCCAAUGGGCUCGCAGAUCCUUAUGUGAAGCUUCAUCUGCUUCCUGGGGCUAGUAAGUCCAACAAGCUGCGUACAAAGACCCUGAGAAACACUCGCAAUCCUAUGUGGAAUGAAACGCUCACCUACCACGGCCUGACCGACGAAGACAUGCAACGUAAAACCCUCAGGCUCUCUGUCUGCGAUGAAGACAAGUUUGGGCACAAUGAGUUUAUUGGCGAGACCCGGGUAGCACUGAAGAAGCUGAAGAUGAAUCAGAAGAAGAACUUCAACGUCUGCCUAGAGAGGGUUGUGCCUACGAAGAGAACUGCGACAGCCGGAGGAGCAAGAGGGAUUGCGCUCUACGAAGACGAGCCAGGGAAGGAGGGCACGGAUGCAGAGGAGCGCGGUCGCAUUCUGAUGUCCCUCAUGUACAGCACCCAGCAGAAUCGCCUCAUCGUGGGGGUCGUACGCUGCGUUCACUUGGCUGCCAUGGAUGCUAAUGGAUACUCUGAUCCAUAUGUCAAAAUAUGCCUGAAACCUGACAUGGGGAAAAAGGGCAAGUGCAAAACACAAAUCAAGAAGAGGACUUUAAACCCAGAGUUUAACGAGGAAUUUAGCUACGACAUCAAACACAGUGAACUGGCCAAGAAGACAUUAGACAUCUCUGUGUGGGAUUAUGACAUUGGGAAGUCCAAUGAUUACAUAGGUGGCUGUCAGCUGGGCAUCACCGCCAAAGGAGAGAGGCUGAAGCACUGGUACGAGUGUUUGAAGAACAAGGACAAGAGGAUCGAGCGCUGGCACACCUUACUGAACGAGAAUCACAUUGUCAGCGAUUAACCAUACAUACAGCAUGGGCUCGCACCUAAUCAGUUUGCAUUCAUGUCUUGUUGUACUUUUACAAAUGUAGUUUUUUUUUUGGUUGUUUUGUUUCCAUAUACAGUAGAUUUUAAUAUAACCAAACACGCAGGCACUGUUUCUUCCUUCUCUCGUAUAAUCCCCUAUUUUUAUAGUAGCAGCUUGGUCACCGAUACACAAUUUGCUUCUGGCACAAAUCUCAUGUGCAAAGGAAUCUGAAGUUUUAGUAACACGACCCAAACAAACUGUUAUGUUAUGGAAAAUGCUGCAACAACAACAAAAAUGGCCUUCAGAAAUGCUUCGUAGUGACACAUUCUUCACUGAAGUAAAUGAAGCGUGAAUUGCACUGGAACAGAUCAGGAAAAACAAUAUGUUAUGGCAUCAGAACCAUCGCCUAAGCCCACGAAGGCCUCAAACUGGGCCCACAACUCAAAUUCAUGACUUAAUUGCCAUAUGAAACAUAUAGAGCUCUAUAAGCAUGCCAGACCACAGCUGCACCUUAAAAUAACUCAGCUGUAUGAACAUAUUGUAUAUUUCCACAAAGAAAUGUUUACAUAAUGAUACAUUGCUCAGGAUAGGAUAGACAUCUGAUACAACAGAUGAUUCAUACGUGAGUGAACCAUGAGCUAGAAAAAUCUGUAAUGAGUUGCUGUUAAUUUGUGGUUUAAAAAAAAAUUA